AUGACAACCUUGGCAGCGACAUCGCUGAGACAAGCCUCCCGGGUAUGCCUCAAGCAGCCAACAACCUCUCCAAGCUAUCUGAAAGCCCCAAGUAUUAUACGAUCGUCUAGAAUAACUAAUUCAGCCACUCCACACCGACAUUAUGUUUCCGAGACUGCUGAUAAAAUGGGACAAGUUGCCGCACAUACUGAAGCCCCUUUAGAACCACACAUAUUCUUCCCUGAAUCUGGAAAAAUUUCUAGUCGGAAUACAAUUUCAAGUAAUAGAAAUAAUACUGAAACUGAAAAGGGACCGAUUACUGAUGUUAUCAAGCAGGCGACGAUAAUGGAACAGGGUACGCGCCCUAUAUACCUCGAUAUGCAAGCAACAACGCCCUUAGACCCAAGGGUACUCGAUGCAAUGCUUCCAUUUUACUCUGGUCUUUAUGGAAAUCCCCAUUCAAGAACACACGCAUAUGGUUGGGAGACAGAAAAAGCGGUUGAAACGGCACGUGAACAUAUUGCCAAUUUGAUUGGAGCAGAUCCAAAGGAAAUUAUAUUUACCAGUGGUGCCACAGAGAGUAAUAAUAUGAGUAUCAAAGGAAUCGCUAGGUUUUUUAACAAGUCAGGAAAGAAAACACAUAUUAUAACAACCCAGACUGAACAUAAGUGCGUAUUAGAUAGCUGUCGCUACUUACAAAAUGAGGGAUUCUCGAUCACCUAUCUUCCUGUCCAGGCAAAUGGCUUGAUAAACAUGAAGGAACUUGAAAAUACUAUACGACCGGAGACUGCACUUGUCAGUAUAAUGUCUGUAAACAACGAGAUUGGUGUUAUACAGCCUUUGGAAGAAAUAGGGAAACUUUGUCGAGAGAAAAAAACUUUUUUUCACACAGACGCCGCCCAAGCUAUCGGAAAAAUUCCAAUGGAUGUCAACAAAAUGAACAUAGAUCUAAUGUCUAUUUCUUCUCACAAAAUUUAUGGACCGAAGGGGAUAGGAGCUUGUUACGUUCGACGGCGCCCGCGAGUACGUAUCGAACCGAUAUUUAGUGGAGGAGGACAAGAAAGGGGACUCCGAAGUGGAACUCUCGCUCCGGCAUUAGUCGUCGGAUUCGGGGAAGCAUGUCGAAUUGCUCAGGAAGAAAUCGAUUAUGACUCAAAAAGAAUAAAAAAGCUAUCAGAUAAACUCCUCCAUGGUCUAACUUCUAUGGAACAUACGAAGCAGAACGGAGAUCCUGACAAGUUUUAUCCGGGUUGUGUCAACGUUUCGUUCUCUUACGUCGAGGGCGAGUCAUUAUUAAUGGCUUUGAAAGAUAUUGCAUUAUCAUCUGGUAGUGCAUGCACUUCAGCUUCUCUAGAGCCAAGUUAUGUUUUGCGAGCAUUAGGAAGUAGUGAUGAAAGUGCUCAUAGCAGUAUCAGAUUUGGAAUCGGGCGAUUCACCACGGAAAGUGAAAUUGAUUACGUUUUAACAGCGGUCAAAGACCGCGUCAACUUCCUAAGAGAGUUAAGUCCUCUUUGGGAACUUGUACAAGAAGGCAUUGAUCUUGGAAGUAUUCAAUGGAGUCAGCACUAG